AUGCCUAAACUAGACAAUUCUUUGAUAGAUAAUAAUGAGAAUAUGCUUCUCAGAGAUAAGAGAAACUAUAAUUGUGAUGACCAAAGAGAGGAUUACGACAGGUUAUUAAGUAUGUCAACCGAUGAGCAAAAAAGUGUCUACCUACAAAUAAUUGAUGCUGUGAAUCGAAACAAGGGAGGUAUGUUUUUUGUUCAUGGAUUUGGUGGUACUGGAAAAACAUUCUUGUGGAGUAUUCUUGGCGCUGAUAUUCGAUCUAGGGAUGGUAUUGUUCUUAAUGUUGCAUCAAGUGGUAUAGCUGCUUUACUUAUGGAAGGAGGUGAUUUUGGACAGAGUCUACCGGUUGUGCUAGAGGCUCGUAGAGUUGGGACAGUUUUAGCCUCUAUAAACUCAUCGUUGCUUUGGGAUAGUUGUAGAGUACUUCAGCUUACACAAAACAUGAGACUUUGUAGGGCAGUUAAUAGUCAAGAUGCGGAUGCUAUCUCUACGUUUUCAAAAUGGCUACUCGAUAUUGGGGAUGGAAAAAUCAACGAUCCUAACAAUAGAGAGGUCGAAAUAGAAAUACCCGCGGAUUUAUUAAUUAUGGGAUGUGACGAUCCUGUACAAGCAAUUGUUAUAAAGAUCUACGGUAAUUCGUUUGCAAGAAGGACCGCUGCAAAAAUCGUUUGUGAAAGAGCUAUUCUUAGUCCAAGAAAUGAUGACGCUGAUAAAAUAAUUCAAUCCCAACUUCCAGGGGAAGAGAGACAAUAUUUGAGUUCAGAUAGUAUUAAGACUUCCGAUAAAAGUGCUUACGACGAUAUGAUCUACACUCAGGAAUUCAUAAACAAUGUGGAAGACAAAAGAAGACAUGAGAGUGCCAAUAACAGUAAUGAAGUUGUCAUCACGAUGUUAAAUGGCAGGAAUGAAACUUUCAAGUGUCGUGCGAAAGACAACUACGUUUCUCAAUUCAUGUAUUCAUGGGAAUUAAAUGGUUGCCAUCUCAUAUAUAAAUCAGAACCUGGGUUUUGUGUAAUGCGUUUAUGA